AUGAAAAAUGAUAUUUGUUCUCAACUUUUAACAUUAAUCAGUAUUUACUAUUUAUUUUUGGAUUUAAAUUUAUUAAGAUUAAACCUUUUUAUUGGUCUACUCAUCCAAAUUAUUGAAAAGAUAAAAACUAUAAUUUAAUACUUACCAUACUUUCGAAUUAUGAUAUUGGAUAUUUUCUGCUUUCAUUAUCAUUAUGUUUGA